AUGUCCCGGUCAGUGUUUGUGCUUGUCGCGUUGGCCCUUUUUGCCGUUGUUCUUGCGGAUGAUACCUCAAAAGUCAUUGUUUUGACUGAAAGCAACUUUGACGAAACAAUUUCAGCCCACAAAUAUGUUCUUGUUGAAUUUUAUGCUCCAUGGUGCGGACAUUGUCAACGCUUGGAACCUGAGUACAACAGGGCUUCUAUUUUACUUGCUGAAGAAAAUUCGGAAAUCAGACUCGCUAAGGUUGAUGCUACUAAAGAAACCGGUCUCGCAUCGAAAUAUGAGGUUCGGGGUUACCCAACUCUGAAACUUUUCAGGGAAGGUAAUCCCACAGAAUUUGAUGGUGAACGAUCUGCUGAGGGUAUUAUUAGCUGGCUUAAGCGAAAGACGGGUCCAGCUGUGCUAACCAUUGAAUCCGCAGACGAGUACGAAGACAUCGUUGAAAAGAAUAGAUUUCUUGUUGUUGGCAUCACUGACAACACUGAAUCCGAAGAUUGGAAAGUUUUUCACACUGUUGCUUCUAAUUCUGAUGAGGUGUUUGUCCGUCCUACUGCCAAAAGUGUUCUUGAUCAUUUCAACUACAAGGAUGGUGUAAUGAUCGUCAUUGUCAGGAAGUUUGAUGAUCCUACUGUUGUGUAUGAGGGCAAAAUGACAGUGGAUGAAUUAGCCAAGUUUAUCAAAACUGAGAAAGUUCCUCUCGUCACCGAGUUUAAUGAAGAGUCGGCCGUUGUCGUUUUCAGCAGUGACAUUAAGAGGCACAUAAUUGUGUUCAUGAGAAAGAGUGAUGACGUCUACCGCCCGUACAUGGAUGUCCUGAGGCAGGUUGGUGCUGAAUUUCGCGGUCGUGCUCAUGUUGUACACAUUGACAUCGAUGACGAAAAUCAUGAGCGUAUUCUCAGUUUCUUUGGCAUCAAGAAGGAAGAAUGCCCAACCUACCGCGUAAUUGAACUAGACGAUUCUGUUGUUAAAUUCAAGCCUGAGGUCGUUGAGUUCACAUUCGAAUCCAUAAAGGCCCUUGCAAACGAUGCUAUUGACAGAAAAAUCAAGCCUUAUCUGCAAUCUGAUGAUGUUCCCGAUAACUGGGAUGCUGAGCCUGUCAAGGUACUGGUCGGCAAAAAUUUUGACUCUGUUGCACGCGACCCGUCAAAGGCCGUUUUUGUUGAAUUCUAUGCGCCGUGGUGUGGCCACUGUAAGCAGUUGAAGCCUCUGUGGGACCAACUUGGUGAGGCCUACAAGGACCACCCCGAGGUCAUCAUCGCCAAGAUGGAUGCCACGACGAAUGAACUGGAGAACAUUAAGAUCGGGAGCUUCCCUACUAUCAAGCUCUUCCCAAAAAAUAGUGAUGAUGUUAUCGACUAUAAUGGGGAUCGUACAGUCGAUGCUUUCAUGAAGUUUAUCCAGAAAGAGGGCAAAAUUACAAAGCCCGUCGAGGAGAUUGUGAAGGAAGAAUUGUAA